GUUCCACGUACUCGCGUAAAAUAAAUUCCAUUUUUUAUCAAAUUCUUUCCAAAAUCAGUUUACUUUUUAUAAACAAUAUGCCAAAAAGAAAGAGUGAUGGUGAUUGUGACGAUAUUCAACGGAAAAUCAAACGUCUAAAAAAGAAAUUACGGCGUAAACAACGCGGUAAACGUUAUCAGUGCCGAUCAGACGAGUCUGAGUCAGACUUAUCGUUGAAUUCACGUGUAUCCAGUGAGCCACAGGAUUGUCAACAAACACAAGGUAGCGAAAAGGAAGAUUAUACAUGGUUAAUGGACAAUGAUCCAAUAAAUUUUGAUUUGGAUAAUCCUACGGAUUCCCAUCAUAAUAAUGACUUAUUGAAGUCAAACCCUUGCCCUAGUACUUCUGGUACGAAUUCUGCAGUAGCGAUACAAUCAGUUGUGACAAGUCCUGCAGAAUCUACACCGCUCCUAGCUGCUGAAGCAAGGACAUCUGGAGACGCAGUAGCACCUGUAACAGAGGAAUUAGAUAAUGAGUUGUUGGAUAUAUUGGGCGUAGAUCCUACGAGUGACAAAAAAUAUGGAAAAGACAUCCAUAAGGAUUUAUCGGUUCGACUCCAACAUUGGGCCCUUACAGGCCUGACCAAGGAUCUCCGUAAAGAACUUAAAGAAAAGUACUUAACGCCCGAAAACUGCAAGUUGAUUGAUCCACCUGAAUUAAAUGCAGAGAUCAAGGCAGCAGUUUCCGAUAUUAUCUUGAAGCGUGAUAAAGCCAUAGAGGGCAAACAAAAACAGCUUACCUUAGCUAUCACGUGCCUGGGAGAGGCAAUUUCUAUGUUGAUAUCGACAAAGGAGAAGAAUACCGCUUUACUUAAACUUUUAAUGGAUUCUGCUCGCAUGAUGUGCAACUGUCAACAUGCCGACACAGUUACGAGAAGAAAUUUUCUUUUGGGCGCUGUUAAAAAAGAUGUUAGAGAACAACUGCAGAACUCAAAGGUAGAUAAAUUCCUGUUCGGUGAAGACUUGCCCGAAAUUUUAAAAUCGGCUAGAGCUAUUCAUAAAUCUGGCACAGAACUUAAACCACCUGCAACUAAGAUUGCAAAUAAAAAGCAGACGUCCAAUAAUACAUCUUCUUCAGCGAGAAAUUUAAACUGGCGGAAUCAGGGUCUGGGUCGCAAACCGACGACGGGCCCUCCGAAGACGAGGGAGCAGAGGCCGAUCUCGACGCAAGCUCAGCACACCAGCUCCUCGAGGAUGUUGCAGCAUCCGCAGCAACGGCAGAACUACAAUCGCCGAUAAACACGCUCCCGCAACAUGAACACCAAGAUUACCCUGGUGGCCGGAGUAUUGUCCGGGAGUCGAUGCUAAGAAGAGGUAUGCCACUUUCAUCUAUGGACAUCCUGCUGAACUCUUUAGCCGAAAAUACGUAUAAGCAAUAUGACGGGUGCUAUAAAAAGUGGUUUAUUUAUUGUAAUGAGAAUAAAUUAAACAUGUAUGAUGUAUCAAUUCCCGAAGUCAUAAAGUUCUUAACUAUUUCAUUUAAUAAUGGUGCUCAAUAUGGGACUUUAAACUCUUAUCGUUCAGCUUUAGCUUUAAUAAAUAAAGUCAACUUUUCGGAAAACGAUGAUCUAAAAAGAUUUUUUAAAGGGGUGUUCCGUUCUCGACCAACGAUGCCCAAGUACAACGACACGUGGGAUACUUCUAUUGUUUUAAAUUAUCUUGGAAAAUGGUAUCCCAAUGAAGAUCUGGAUUUAGAAAGAAUCACUAAGAAGUUAAUAACCCUUUUAGCUCUUGUGACUGCCCACAGAGUUCAAACUUUCUCAAAAAUUAAAGUUUGUAAUAUUGAAAGGUUACCAUCAGAAAUAAAAAUCAAAAUACCAGAUCUCAU